AUGAAUCUUGGAUACGCGAAGUGCCUUUCUGUGUGCAUUCCUAGUACUUCUUCUUUUUUUUUUUUUUUUUUUUUUUUCUUUUGGAGGCGGAGAGAGCUGCCAGUGAUAAAAAUGACAGAUUUAGACACCACAAAGAUAUCGAUCAUUACAGGGAAAAAGGCGGACCCCAGGCUACUCGUGGAAAUUGGGAUCCAUUCGGACGAGGUACCAGAGGCUGUCAAGAAAAGAAAUUCCCAGGAGAAGCGAUGCAACCUUUGCUGUAUGUCGUAUGGCUUUCUUCUCUCCUCAGCGAUGGUCCUGAUGGUGUCUUGCAUCGGAACUGCUGCAUGCAUCUUCACGGAAAAGAGAGUAAACUACACUUUAAACGGUACCAUGCGACAAGUGGCUUGGAUCGCGAUACCAGGGGUACUUGCUGGAACAACCCUACACUACUUUCUCUCGGAAGCGAUGUGGAGCAGCAAACGCAAUACAUGGGGACAAGCGUGGAUGAAGGCCAUUAGUUUCAAUAGCCUCACGUGGUGUACUGCUAUUAGCGUGGGAACUCUAUUUUGGCGCAAAGGCCUUCUCAUGAGUUCCGCCGGACGACGACUGUAUUAUCGUUACCCCAUCCCCACAGUGCCUUUGGACUCCCGGGUCCUCCGCAGUGAUGUGGAGUUUUUCACGGGAAUGGGUUGGACGUAUUGGUUAAGCGGCGUAGUUAGCGGUCAAGUUGGGUAUUUGAGUUGUGUGGGAUUUUGUCUUUGGAAUGACCGUCCCUACUUCAUGAUGAAUCCGCAUGGAGGAUAUGCUUUUCGCUGCAUGCCUCGUUGGCGUAGAGAAGCCUUUGCAAAGCAGGCGAAUGUCAGGCUUUCAGAUCUGUGA